AUGGUCAAGACAAAGUCAACGACUUCCAUUGGAGGCAAGGAGUUGUGUUUCUUUAGUGCUCUAUACGUCAUCGACCCCUUGGCGAUUCUCGCGUCCAAGGCUGUUACAUUCAAAAUCGAGUACAAAGUUUUCUAUGAGGACGCGCAGGGCUCCAUCGAGCAGAAAACUCCCACGCACAUAUCCAGCGAGCUCAAGACCUCGACAGAAGCAUCAAACGUCAAUGCUACUACAAGCACAGAAACGAGAUUGCAACAGGACUGCUGUGCUCGGGACGUGAAGGCAGCGAAAUGUCUUCGCUUUAAGCACCUCAAGGCGCUGCACGUGCUCCAAGCUGCACAUGCCCGCAGCUUUAAGAAAAGCGAGAGUCGCAGAUGUGGUGUAGCGAUUUCCGAAUAA